AUGUUCAUUUAUAAUAAAUAUAAAUCAUUUUGGAGUGUUUAUUAUUCACUAUAAGAAAAUUUCACCAUUUUUAAAACUCUUAAAUCAUAGAUAGAAAAAUAUUCUUACUUUCAGAUUUUUACUUUUAUUGGUGAUAACAAAAGAAUUUGGUAGAUUUAUAUUUAGAGGUAGAAAUUAGUAUUUACUCAAUAAAUUCAAAUCCUACUUAAACUUCCAAGUUUAUUGAAUAUGAAAAAUUGAUUGAAUUAUAGAAUUCUAGAAAAUCUGGUAAAGGUUCAACACUUGAUAUUUAUAAGAAAUCUGUAAUCAAUUAUAAAUAUUACAGAAAGAAUUAUAUUAAUAAUUUACAAUCAAUACGAGACCUGGUAAAUCUUUUGAAAUAAUUUAAAAAAAUGGAAAUUUUGAAAAUAUUUUUUGCUGA